AUGGUAACUACUGUUAAAGCUGAAGAAUCAGAAAACGAAUGGCAUAUUUCUUCUGAAUAUGAUUCUACUAAAGACAAUGAAGAACCAUGGUUUGAGGAACAACUAUUUCAGCAAUUUUCUAAUAUACCUUUAAUUACUGCA